AUGAUUUAUAUUUUGACUAUUUGUGGGAACCUUUCGAUGGUUAUUCUGGUGGCCUACAGCAAAAUCCUCCACUCUCCUAUGUACUUCUUUCUUGUACAGCUCUCUCUAUGUGAUAUCAUGCUGACAACAGAUAUUGUUCCCAUCUUAUGCCACACUGUUUUAUAUCAAACUGUAUCCAUUUCCUUUAUAACGUGUAUUGCACAGUAUUGUAUCUUUGUAAUCUCUGAAUGCUGUGAAGGUCUUCUUCUCACUGUGAUGUCAUAUGACCGUUAUUUGGCUAUCUGUAUGCCACUGCACUAUGCUUCUAUAAUGAACAGUAUGUUUUGUAUGAAACUGGCUAUGAUACCUUGGCUGUUGAGUGUAUGUACCAUGGUGGUAACUACAACCUCCAUUGCCUUUUUGCAAUUCUGUGGACCCAAUAUAAUUGACCAUUUCUUCUGCGAUGUGUCACCUUUGUUGAAACUUUCCUGUUCUGAUGUUUCUCUUGUUCAAACUGAGCUGGUUUUCCUGAGUGUUCCAGUGCUUUUCCUGCCAUUCUUGUUCAUCUUGUUUUCCUAUACAAAUGUUAUUGCUACUAUCUUAAAAAUUCCAUCUAUUACAGGGAAACAAAAGGCUUUUUCCACUUGCAGCUCCCACUUGAUGGUUGUGUUCCUUUAUUAUAUAACAUUGAUUUGUAUGUAUGAUCUACCAGCCAGCGGACAGCCCCUAAAUAUGGGACAAUCAUCACAUCUAGCUAAGACCCUAUCCCUGUUGUACACAGUAGGGACCCCCUUGAUGAACCCUAUCAUAUAUAGCCUGAGGAAUAAGGACAUCAAGAAAGCUUUAGAGAAACUUAUCAGUACAAACAUUUUUAUGUUUUGA